AUGGCCGUGUUGUACUUCUUCCGCGAACCGGAAACGGUUUUCGAUUGUGCCGGAUUCAUUUGCGUGCUGCAGUUCCUCUUGGGAUGCAAUGGGUUCGGCAUACGUGGAUCAAACUUCAGGAUCACUCGGGCCAGCAGGAUCUACUCCAUGUCGGUGGCCAUGGUAGCGUUGAUCUGUCUCUUUGGAUCCCUGAGUGUCCUUUUGGCAGCUGAAGAUGUACGAGAACGUCUGGCAAAGGCCGACAAACUGGUGCUGAGCAUUUCGGUGCUGGAGUUGGUAAUGUCCACCGUGGUCUUUGUGGUCACUGUGAUAUCGCUGCAAGUAUUUGCAAGCCGACACUUGGGAAUCUAUCAAAGAUUGGCUGCCUUGGAUUCCAGGCUAAUGGCCGACUUUGGAGCCAAUCUGAACUAUAGAAAAAUGCUGAGAAAGAACAUAGCGUUGCUGGGCAUAGUGACCAUUAUUUACUUGAUGGCCAUCAACAGUGCCGCCUUCCAAGUGGCCAGCGGUCAUCGAGCACUCUUUCUGCUCUUCGCCCUCUGCUAUGCGAUAGUCACCGGAGGACCCCACUUCACGGGCUAUGUGCACAUGACCCUGGCCGAAAUGCUGGGCAUCCGCUUGCGGUUGCUGCAGCAACUGCUCCAACCGGAAUUCCUCAACCGGCGAUUUCCGCAGCAGCACGUACAGGAGUUACGAAUACGCCAGGUGGUGUCCAUGGUCCAGGAGCUGCACUAUCUCGUCCAGGAGAUCAACAGGGUGUACGCCCUCAGUCUGUGGGCAGCCAUGGCCCACGACUUGGCCAUCAGCACCAGUGAGUUGUACAUCCUGUUUGGUCAGUCCGCGGGCAUUGGCCAGCAAAAUGAGGAGGAGAACAGCAGUAGCUAUCGAAUGCUCGGCUAUGUGGCCCUGUGCAUGAUCCCACCGCUCUACAAGCUCCUAAUAGCUCCAUUCUAUUGCGAUCGAACCAUAUACGAGGCAAGGAGAUGUCUACGCCUCAUCGAGAAGCUGGAUGAAUGGUUCCCACAAAAGCCCACGCUGCGUCCCUUGGUCGAGUCCCUAAUGUCGUGGCGGAUUCAGGCCAAGAUUCGAUUCACCAGUGGCCUAGAUGUUGUCCUCGACCGCAAAGUUAUCGGUUUGUUUACAUCGAUUCUGGUCAAUUACCUGCUUAUCCUCAUCUCAUUCGCCAUGACCCAAAAGAUGGGCGAGCAAAUCGAACAGCAGAAGAUUGCACUGCAGGAAUGGAUUGGAUUUUAA